AAUCAGGUUGCGCGGUACCUGCCCCCAGCCCGGCCACCUGGAGCGGCGAUGGGGCUCUCCGCGCGCCGCGCCGGGGAGGGCCGAGCAGCCUCACGUGGGCCUCCCCAGCAGCCGGCGCCCGGAAGGGCGCGCGCAGACCCCGUGGGAGAGGGACGCGGGAGCCGCCGCCCGGGCGCAGCUGCUGCGCGCGGACAAAGAGCAGGGGGCGGGGCGGGGCGCCCGCGGGCCGAGGACCCCGCCGCGGCGCCGGCUCCCCGCGCGCCCAUGCGCUCGGCCGGCUGUGCUUCCGAGGGCGCCGCGACACUCGGGGACUGAUGCCCUUGGCCAUGACGCACUCCCGGCUGCUGUCCCAUCAGGUGCACCCCGUGUGACUGUGCCGCUGCCCUCCAGCUGGUUCACGUCAGCAUUCCCUUACUGAACUUUGAUGGGGCGCCGGGCGGAUGACCGCGGGAACGGUUGUGAUCACUGGCGGAGUCCUAGCCACGGUGAUCCUCCUGUGUAUCAUCGCUGUCCUGUGCUACUGUAGGCUCCAGUAUUACUGCUGCAAGCAGAGCGCAGCCGAGGAUGCGGACGAAGAGGAGGAGCACGACCUGCCCGCGCAUCCCCGAGGCCCCGCCUGCAACGCCUGCAGCUCCCAAGCCCUGGACGGCAGAGGCGGCCUGGCGCCCCUCCUCGGCGAGCCGUGCAGCCAGCCGUGCGGGGUGGCGGCGAGCCACUGCGCCACCUGCUCCCCGUACAGCUCCCCCUUCUACAUACGGACAGCUGACCUGGUGCCCAAUGGGGGUGGAGGCGAGAGGCUCUCCUUUGCCCCCACAUACUACAAAGAGGGGGGACCCCCAGCGCUCAAACUCGCAGCGCCCCAGAGUUACCCGGUGACCUGCCCAGGGCGCGAGGUCUUCACCAAUCCAAGGGCUAUUAGUACAGACGUGUGACCCCUUUCACCCCCGCCCCGCACACUCACCAACGCGGCUGCCCAGCUGGGGCCAUGGCAACAGGGCUGGCCCUCCCGAAGCCCCACAGGACUCCAUAUCUUUGGGUUUUCUUGCUCCACAGUGGAAGGUUCACCGGCAUCCAAGCCAUCGCGGGCAUUGGGAACCAGAGAUGGGCCUGGUAGCUUGAGGGUGGGACAGUCCUCUGGCCGUCCUGCCCCCACACCGCCCCUGUCACUGCCCCCCUUCCCCCACAGCCCCUGAUUUUGCUGGACUGGGGACAGGAGCUGUAGGAAGGUGAAACAAGGACUCUGUCAAGGACAGAAGUGGGGACCAGGCCAUUCCAGGAUGCGGGAGAAGGCAAGGCAUGUUAAAGGGACCUCUUAAAGACUUGCUGGCUAUAAUGCACAGGCCAGUUUUGCAUCUUGGUUACUGCCGGCGCCAUGGCUGCUCCGGUAGGGCGGUUGAUGCCUGAACACACCGCCUGUUUCUGCCGCCUCCUUCGGGGAACACAGCGCAGUUGACUUUAAGGCCACGUGAGGUCAUCUGUGGGGACCUGCACCAAAUAGCAACACCACCCCACCCCUUACCACCAGCAGAUGCCCCGGGCGUUUAACCCGCCAGGCGCUGGAACCCUGACCCGCAGACAGCAUGAAGGAAAGGUGGACACAAUGGCCCGGCGUGCAGCUGGCUGGGAGAGGCAGAGCCGCAGCCUUUCCUGGGUUCUGCCUGUGAGGCCACAGCGCGGGGCCACGCAGGCUCCCGAGGACAAGAAGGGUGUGGCUAGUGAGUGGCAGGUCGUCCCAUACCCCAGUGCCCUGGUGAUGUCCCGCCCCCACUUCCUCUCGUAACAGUGGCCUUUUGCUUUUUGGAGAAGCGCAUAUGAUGACUUUUCGGGUUGCUGGCGCAGGAGCCCAGCCUGCUCCUGUGUCCCUGGACGCUACAGAGGGUGCCCCAGGGUGGGGACUGGCCCCUCUGUCAAAGUCUUGAUUCCUUGGGUGCAGCCGAGGGGAGGCAGGGGGCUCGAAGCCAGCACUUGGCCACCUGGGCUCUGGUCGCAUUUUAGUGGCUCAUUAGCGCUAGGAUUAGUCAAUUUCACCUAGACUGUUUUCUCCAGGGCAAUGGGGCUUGCCCAGAUGGACCUCCAGAGUGUUCCGCCAGAAAGAUCUUAUAGCCAGGCCACUGCCCCUGCAGGGAUGCUUGGUGAGGGAUGAAAGGCCGCAAUAAAACACAAAUCAGAGACAAAACCACGGUCAGGGUCAGCGAAAGCAUGUCUGACCCUCCCACUGAGUGCCCUCCAAGGCCAGCCUUUCUCUUGCACCAGGAAGCAGCUGGGGGCAGGUGGGGGUGGCAAUGAUGAGAUGUGUGGCCCAGCACAGAGGGGACGGCUUUCACAUACCCCAUCCGUGCCAGCCCUGCCCUGGGCGUUCUGCUGGGCCCAGCAGCCCUCCCCACUGCCCGACCACCAACCCCAGUGCCUUGCUCCCCGGCAGCCCCACAGCCAGUUGGCCACAACAGCCACGGCCCUCCUCACCAAAACCACCGUGUCAUGGCACCUGCCCUCAGGAAAAUCAGGACAGCCCACUCAACCCUCACCCCAGCGGGACCUACCGGGGGCCCUUCGUGCACAACACCCUGUCCCAGCCUCCAGCACUGGAGAGAUGGUGGCCGGCCACAGCUGUCCCCACACAGCCCCCGGUGCUCAGGGCACAGGCUCCGACCCGGGCCCAGCCACCUGCUGAGGUUGCAAGGGUCUGCUCUGGCUGGGAGGAGGCUCAUCCACCGUAAGGCACUGCCUUUCCAGCUGUGGCGUCUAUACCAUGGGACACUAUUUGUACACUUUUCAAACCGCACCCGAAACAGGAGGAGGAGCCGGGAGCACUCAGCCCUCUCCCCGAUCUUUCUCACCUGCGUCCACUGCUCCCGCUACAGGUUUCUCCUGCAUCUUUGAUAACUUGGAGUUGCAACCAAGAGAAUGUCAAAAUAAAUGAGGAGUUUGAAAUAGAAA